AUGUGUUUAUAUGGAGAUGCAUAUUAUUAUUUAUUUGAAUUUGACGACAGAUUGGUAUACCUGAUAAUGGCUCUGCUUAGUCCAGUGGCCUACCCACUCAGCCUGGUUUUUGACCGUAUCUUCGGUAACGAGGGCACUGGAUAUCACAAACGCUCGCAGCUGAAGGCUCUAGUUGACCUGCACGGACCACGGGCCUUUGACAUCAAAAAUGGUACUAAUUGCUAA